CGAUUCACGGCCUCGGGAUGGUGACCGGAAACGGUUCAGCUCAAAGAAGCGGAGGGUCAUGUUUGUUUAUACAUAAAGACCCGGGCUGCCCAAGGUAGUUCGAGCGUUAUAACAUUCAGCACUUUCUUCACCUCACACACUCCAACUCUUCAACCUCACCAUCCAACCAAUCCGCCCAUCACGAUGCGUUCCAACACUCUUCUUGUUGCCCUUGCGGCCACCGCUUCGGCUUCUGCCGUUCCCCAGCCCCGGGCUGAGGCCCCCGCCGCUCUGAUCACUCCGGCCCCCGUCUUUAAGGGCUCGGCUGUCCAGGAUGCCAUCCGCGCGCAUGGUCAGGCAGGGCAGCACGAGGUCGACAAGCGGGCCUACGUGGUUUCGUACGAGAUUUCAGGCUCGGGCAACAAGUUCACCAGCUGCCUUUACAGCCUCAGCUCGGCGCUGAUGUCGAUUGAAAGCGCCGCCCCUUAUCCCUCCGACACCGAUCUGGCGUCCUGGCUUUCAACGCUUGCUCUUGAGGAGCCCACCACCACGCUGGGUAUCGACCAAGCCGAGAAAGCCUGCGAGACCUCGGAUGCUACCCCCACCGUCCCCGCGUCCUUGACCUCGGCCUACUCGUCCUACGAGGAGAAGGCCAAGGCGUGGCUGACCGAGGCGGCCAAGGGCGCCAGUAGCGUGGCCAAGAACUGCCCUACCAAGAUCGGCAAUUGGGUCGAGCUCACCUUUGCCACCGAUACUGCCGAGUGCAAGGCCAUUGUCGCCAAGAUGCAGGGAAAAAGCGGUGCUGCUUCCAGCUCUGCUCCCGUCUUCGCCGCCGUCGGUGCUUUCGCCGGCCUCGUUGGCGUCUUGGCUCUCUAAAAGAGUCUCAAAAUCAACCAUCGCCAAACAACCCGACAUGAUACCCCCACAACCUUACUAAA